ACCCUCUGGCAACUUAAACUCACGUUCCGCUGCAACACCACCACUCGUGUUUACCAAGCGAUAGGCACAAUGGAAGACCCCUGCCGCUCCGGGUCCCGUCGCUCGCACCUCUCUCGAAACCACACUCUCUCACCGCACAACUCUUCUUCUCGCCAUUCCCGUCACCGUGACCGUGACUCUGACUCGAGCUCUAACUCCCGAGACCACCAUUCCCAUGAACGUCAUUCCCGGCACCAUCACCGCCGCCGCCACCGCCGUCAUAAACGCACCCGCUCCCCCUCGCCGGUCAUAGUUCGCCCUCUAAACGCCCCACGAAUCUCCCGACAUGAUUUUGAGUUUCAUAAGGACGUGUUUGCAGACUACCUUGACAUUCAGAAGGGACUGGUACUCAGUGAACUGGACAGGGCCGAGGCAAAGGGACGGUUCAAGAGAUUUGUGACGCACUAGUAAGCUACACCUCCCCCUUAUUUCAUAAUAGGAAGGAAACCAGGGGCUAAUUGGCAGUAAUCAUGGUGAACUAGCAAGGGGGUGGUAUGUUCGGAUAGUUAACAGGAAGGCCAGCGAUUCAUCGAAGGUUCCUGAGGAACAGCAGAGCAAUCUCAGAAAAGAUGCAGGUUCUACUCGGCCGGAGAAGAAGAAACGAAGAAUGGACACUCCCCAGUCCGAAAAGAGCGAAAGUAAGGAAGAGAACGAAAGUGAGAACGGAGAAUCCAGCGAAGAGGAAAUCGUGGGACCAUUGCUCCCAGGCCAGCAACCCUCAAAGCGAUUCCGUGCACGGGGCCCUACAAUCCCCUCAAAGGAAGAUCUCGACCUCCAAAAAGGUUAACUCCCCACCCCCCUUCCCCCCCAACAAAGCCUAUCUAAUAACCCAGUUAGAACUCCUCCGCGAAGACCAAACCCUCCAACAUCUCGACCUCCGCUACACCCGCAAGCAAGAACGCAAGCUCGAAAAGGAGCGCCUAGAAGAACUCGUCCCCCGUGCCGCCGCAGGCACGCACGAACGCAAGCUUGAGAAAAAAACCGAACUCAACGCCAAGAUGAAGUCCUUUCGCGAGAAGUCUCCAGACCUUGAAGUCAACGAAGAAACUCUUAUGGGCUCUGGUGGGACAGAUGGCUUCAAGCAGCGGAAGGCCGCGAUCGAACGGAAGAAGAAUGAUCGCGAGAUACGGAAGGAGGAGCUGCUCCGGGCCAGGAUUGCAGAGAGGGAGGAGAGGUUACAGCAACAUCGGGAUAAGGAAGAGAGGACGAUGGCAAUGUUGAAGCAGCUGGCUAGUCGGUUUAACAAUUGAUUUUCACUCUGCCUUUUUCCUUUUUUUCCCUUUUUUCCUUUUAACUUGUAAGAGGAUAUAUACUUUGUAGAAGACCUACCGGUAUUACAUUGCCACUCCCACUUAACUUAGUCCAUAGCACCAUACUGAAUUCUAAAGCCAAUACCCCUACUCUAUUCUAUGCCCAAACAGAUUAAUUCCUUCUUUAUCACACUAUUCAUCCAUUCCCCCACCAAAACCGACAGGUACUGCUAUCCAAGCAACCACAAAACCUCACUCGAAAAACUAACCCCUCCCCCACCAUCCAACCUCCAACCCACCAUUUCAACCCACGCACAGACGAUCACGACCAUCCCCGCCACCAACCAACCAACCAAUAGCAUCCCGAGAACCUAAACCUCAACACCAUCCCCACCACGGCGCUACCGUAACAAACACUACCAUCACACAACAUCACACAAACCAACACAAACCUCACACGCCCCAGCGUAAAUACCUCCCCCCCACACGCACACAAACACCCGAAACAACCAGCUGCUUCACCAGCUUGAUCACAACAUCUCACUCGCGCUGCGGGUAAACGGAAAGCCACGGUAGGGUAGGGUGGUGGUACCGGUAGUGAAAUCACUUCACUUCCAUUCCGGAGGGGGGGUUUGGCCCUUACUUUUUUGGUCAUUCUUCACGAUGGGGGAAGGGGGUAUGGGCGUUCGGUGAAGUGUCCGGGGCGAUGCUUGGGUUACACCCUUUGGUACCCGCACCCGGUUGCUCAGCGGCUGAAGUGCUGUAUGAGCCCCUUGUACGGUAGGUGAAAGGGGAAGGGGGAGAAGGAGGAAGGCUUGGAAUAGUUUCCUUUUUGGAACCGUUGGAUCAAUACUUGUAUGAUAUUUACCCGAGCUGUUGGAUUUCUCCAAGGAGGUGGGCGCGUGGGGGUGAAGCACAUGAUCUGGAGGGUAUGUACCCCGCGAUCGGGUAUGCAUACGCGCAGCGGAUGGUGUCCGGGGUUUGGAGGGGUUGU